AUGGAACAGAAGCAGGAUGACAAUGGCUGCCACAAUCUGAAACAAAGACUGUCUGAUCUAGGAUUAGUAGACAUUGACAUUGAUGGAUGCCAGGUAACUGACCAGUGGAAGGAGAAGCUUGUGAAUACCAUCACAAAAUAUGAAGACAUCUUCUCAAGGCAUAAUCUGGACUGCGGAGAAGCCAGGGGUUAUGUUCACCAUAUCCACCUGGUUGAUGACAGACCCUUCCGGCUACCAUACAGAAGAGUUCCGCCUGCUCAUUACCUGAAGCUGAGGAAGGUAUUGACAGACAUGGAAGAAGUAGGUCUUAUACGCAAGUCAGUUAGUGAGUAUGCCUCCCCUUUAGUCAUGGUAUGGAAGAAAGACGGGAGUCUGAGGUUAUGCACUGAUAUCAGGUGGAUGAAUGCACGAACGGUGAAGGACACUCAUCCCCUUCCUCAUCAAGCAGAUUGCCUCGCAGCCCUUGGUGGCAGUGCAUUUUUCAGCACCAUGGACUUGACCUCAGGAUUUUAUAACAUUCCAGUUCAUGAAGAGGACAAGAAGUACACAGCCUUUACCACACCGAUGGGACUUUAUGAGUACAAUCGCAUGCCACAAGGUCUGUGUAACAGCCCGGCCUCAUUCAUGAGAAUGAUGUUACGUAUAUUUGGGGACCUAAACUUCUCAAAUCUCCUUUGUUACCUAGAUGACUUGUUGGUCUUUGCACCCACCGAGGAACAGGCUCUACAGCGACUUGAAGCUGUGUUUAGCCGUCUAAGAGCCAACAAUCUCAAACUAGCACCCAAAAAAUGCCACUUCCUACGAAAAACAGUGAAAUUCCUCGGACAUUUCAUUAAAGAGGACGGUGUAUCAGUGGAUCCUGAGAAGGUGGAGGCCAUUGCCAAGAUGAGCCAUGCUCAGCUGAUGGAGGCAGACGGAUGCACUCCCUCUGCCCGGAGGCUGAAAUCCUUCUUGGGUAUGGUAUUAUAUUACCAGCACUUCAUUCCUGACUGUUCUGCUAUAGCCAGACCUUUGUUUGCACUCACUGGGGGUCAAAAGAGAAGAGGAAGAGAUGGGAAGAAGGGCAACAGUGGGAUUUUCCGGAAGCUGACGCUAUCGGAUUGGACUGAUGAGUGUGUCGUUGCAUUCCAGAAGCUGAAGGAUGCUCUUUUGAAUUGUGUCCUGCUAGCUCACCCUGAUUUCGAGAGGCCGUUCAUUCUCUUCACUGACGCUUCCUUGGAUGGUCUUGGGGCUGUGCUUUGCCAAGUACCUGAAGGUGAAGAUAAGGCAAGGCCCAUAGCAUUUGCGAGCAAGACCCUGAAUAGUAACCCGUUAACGUACAUCAUGACAAAACCCAAGCUGGACGCUUGCGAGCAAAGAUGGGUUGCCAAGCUGGCACAGUACAACUUUGAUUUGAAGCGUAUCCCAGGCAGCAAGAAUACAGUAGCAGAUGCACUGAGCCGCGACCCCUUCGCAGUGACUGUCGUGCAGAGACUGAUGAGGGAGUCCUACCUAGCACUUCUGUCUGAGGCUGUUGGGACUUUGAAUGAUGAUGUCCAAGAUGCCUUCCAUUGGGCUUCUUAUCCCCAGGAGAUAACCUCUUUGACCACUGCUGAAGUGAAGGCCAUAUGUCAGCUCCAUAUCGACUGGGAAUGUUCAACGGAGAUGCAAGCAAUCCAGCUUGGUUCCAACACCCAACGGCUGCUUUCUCCUGGUAUUGACACUUUGCCUGAACUCUCACACGAGGAACUUCGAGAUCUCCAGCUGCAAGACUGUGACUUCCAUGGUCAUCCCUUUCGUCUUCAAUAA